GACCAUGUUGCCCGGAGCGCGCAGAGCCCGCGCGGUGAGGGGACCUGGUCUCUGAGCCCGCGGGCGCUUGGUGGGAGGCAGCACCGUCCGCGGCGACCGGAACCGGGAGGGAGAAGCGCACUGGCGGCGGGCACAGUCCAGAACGCGCUGCCAGACCCCAACUCUGCCUGCGUGGAGGUGCUGGAGACCCUGCGCACAGGAAAGCCCCUGCCGUGCCCAUCGCGGCCAGAGCAGCUGGAGCAUCAUGGUCGGGAUGGAUCUUGAAGGGGACCGCAAUGGAGGAGCAGAGAAGAAGAACUUUUUUAAACUGAACAGUAAAAGUAAAAAAGAUAAGAAGGAAAAGAAACCAACUGUCAGUGUAUUUUCAAUGUUUCGCUAUUCAAAUUGGCUUGACAAGUUGUAUAUGGUGGUGGGAACUUUGGCUGCCAUCAUCCAUGGAGCUGGACUUCCUCUCAUGAUGCUGGUGUUUGGAGAAAUGACAGAUACCUUUGCAAAUCCAAGAAAUUUAGGAGCUCCGUUGCCAAACAACACUAAUAGCAGUAAUAACACUGAUACAGGGCCCUUCGUGAAUCUGGAGGAAAGCAUGACCAGGUAUGCCUAUUAUUACAGUGGAAUUGGUGCUGGGGUACUGGUUGCUGCUUACAUUCAGGUUUCAUUUUGGUGCCUGGCAGCUGGAAGACAAAUACACAAAAUUAGAAAACAGUUUUUUCAUGCUAUAAUGCGACAGGAGAUAGGCUGGUUUGAUGUGCACGAUGUUGGGGAGCUUAACACCCGGCUUACAGAUGAUGUCUCCAAGAUUAAUGAAGGAAUUGGUGACAAAAUUGGAAUGUUCUUUCAGUCAAUGGCAACAUUUUUCACUGGGUUUAUAGUAGGAUUUACACGUGGUUGGAAGCUAACCCUUGUGAUUUUGGCCAUCAGUCCUGUUCUUGGACUGUCAGCUGCUGUCUGGGCAAAGAUACUGUCUUCAUUUACUGAUAAAGAACUCUUAGCUUAUGCAAAAGCUGGAGCAGUAGCUGAAGAGGUCUUGGCAGCAAUUAGAACUGUGAUUGCAUUUGGAGGACAAAAGAAAGAACUUGAAAGGUACAACAAAAAUUUAGAAGAAGCUAAAAGAAUUGGGAUAAAGAAAGCUAUUACAGCCAAUAUUUCUAUAGGUGCUGCUUUCCUGCUUAUCUAUGCAUCUUAUGCUCUGGCCUUCUGGUAUGGGACCACCUUGGUCCUCUCAAACGAAUAUUCUAUUGGACAAGUACUCACUGUAUUCUUUUCUGUAUUAAUUGGGGCUUUUAGUGUUGGACAGGCAUCUCCAAGCAUUGAAGCAUUUGCAAAUGCAAGAGGAGCAGCUUAUGAAAUCUUCAAGAUAAUUGAUAAUAAGCCAAGUAUUGACAGCUAUUCGAAGAGUGGGCACAAACCAGAUAAUAUUAAGGGAAAUUUGGAAUUCAGAAAUGUUCACUUCAGUUACCCAUCUCGAAAAGAAGUUAAGAUCUUGAAGGGCCUGAACCUGAAGGUGCAGAGUGGGCAGACGGUGGCCCUGGUUGGAAACAGCGGCUGUGGGAAGAGCACAACGGUCCAACUGAUGCAGAGGCUUUAUGACCCCACAGAGGGCAUGGUCAGUGUUGAUGGACAGGAUAUUAGGACCAUAAAUGUAAGGUUUCUACGGGAAAUCAUUGGUGUGGUGAGUCAGGAACCUGUAUUGUUUGCCACCACGAUAGCUGAAAACAUUCGCUAUGGUCGUGAAGAUGUCACCAUGGAUGAGAUUGAGAAAGCUGUCAAGGAAGCCAAUGCCUAUGACUUUAUCAUGAAACUGCCUCAUAAAUUUGACACCUUGGUUGGAGAGAGAGGGGCCCAGCUGAGUGGUGGGCAGAAGCAGAGGAUCGCCAUUGCACGUGCCCUGGUUCGCAACCCCAAGAUCCUCCUGCUGGAUGAGGCCACGUCAGCCUUGGACACAGAAAGUGAAGCAGUGGUUCAGGUGGCUCUGGAUAAGGCCAGAAAAGGUCGGACCACCAUUGUGAUAGCUCAUCGUUUGUCUACGGUUCGUAAUGCCGAUGUCAUCGCUGGUUUCGAUGAUGGAGUCAUUGUGGAGAAAGGAAAUCAUGAUGAGCUCAUGAAAGAGAAAGGCAUUUACUUCAAACUUGUCACAAUGCAGACAGCAGGAAAUGAAAUUGAAUUAGAAAAUGCAGUUGAUGAAUCCAAAAGUGAAAUUGAUACCUUGGAAAUGUCUUCACAUGAUUCAGGAUCCAGUCUAAUAAGAAAAAGAUCCACUCGUAGGAGUGUCCGUGGAUCACAAGGCCAAGACAGAAAGCUUAGUACCAAAGAAGCUCUGGAUGAAAGUAUACCUCCAGUUUCCUUUUGGAGGAUUAUGAAGCUAAAUUUAACUGAGUGGCCUUAUUUUGUUGUUGGUGUAUUUUGUGCCAUUAUAAAUGGAGGUCUGCAACCAGCAUUUGCAGUAAUAUUUUCAAAGAUUAUAGGGGUUUUUACAAGAAAUGAUGAUCCUGAAACAAAACGACAGAAUAGUAACUUGUUUUCACUAUUGUUUCUAGUCCUUGGAAUUAUUUCUUUUAUUACAUUUUUCCUUCAGGGCUUCACAUUUGGCAAAGCUGGAGAGAUCCUCACCAAGCGACUCCGAUACAUGGUUUUCCGAUCCAUGCUCAGACAGGAUGUGAGCUGGUUUGAUGACCCUAAAAACACCACUGGAGCAUUGACUACCAGGCUCGCCAAUGAUGCUGCUCAAGUUAAAGGGGCUAUAGGUUCCAGGCUUGCUGUAAUUACCCAGAAUAUAGCAAAUCUUGGGACAGGAAUAAUUAUAUCCUUAAUCUAUGGUUGGCAACUGACACUGUUACUCUUAGCAAUUGUACCCAUCAUUGCAAUAGCAGGAGUUGUUGAAAUGAAAAUGUUGUCUGGACAAGCUCUGAAAGAUAAGAAAGAACUAGAAGGUGCUGGGAAGAUCGCUACUGAAGCAAUAGAAAACUUCCGAACUGUUGUUUCUUUGACUCAGGAGCAGAAGUUUGAACAUAUGUAUGAUCAGAGUUUGCAGGUACCAUACAGAAACUCUUUGAGGAAAGCACACAUCUUUGGAAUCACGUUUUCCUUCACCCAGGCAAUGAUGUAUUUUUCCUAUGCUGGAUGUUUCCGGUUUGGAGCCUACUUGGUGGCACAUUAUCUCAUGAGCUUUGAGGAUGUUCUGUUAGUAUUUUCAGCUGUUGUCUUUGGUGCCAUGGCCGUGGGGCAAGUCAGUUCAUUUGCUCCUGACUAUGCCAAAGCCAAAGUAUCAGCAGCCCACAUCAUCAUGAUCAUUGAAAAAACCCCUUUGAUUGACAGCUACAGCACAGAAGGCCUAAAGCCGAACACAUUGGAAGGAAAUGUCACAUUUAAUGAAGUUGUAUUCAACUAUCCCACCCGACUGGACAUCCCAGUGCUUCAGGGGCUGAGCCUGGAAGUGAAGAAGGGCCAGACGCUGGCCCUGGUGGGCAGCAGUGGCUGUGGGAAGAGCACGGUGGUCCAGCUCCUGGAGCGGUUCUACGACCCCUUGGCGGGGAAAGUGCUGCUUGACGGCAAAGAAAUAAAGCAACUGAAUGUUCAGUGGCUCCGAGCACACCUGGGCAUCGUGUCCCAGGAGCCCAUCCUGUUUGACUGCAGCAUUAGUGAGAACAUUGCCUAUGGAGACAACAGCCGGGUGGUGUCACAGGAAGAGAUUGUGAGGGCAGCCAAGGAGGCCAAUAUACACGCCUUCAUCGAGUCACUGCCUAAUAAAUAUAGCACCAGAGUAGGAGACAAAGGAACUCAGCUCUCUGGUGGCCAGAAACAACGCAUUGCCAUAGCCCGUGCCCUUGUUAGACAGCCUCAUAUUUUGCUUUUGGAUGAAGCCACAUCAGCUCUGGAUACAGAAAGUGAAAAGGUUGUCCAAGAAGCCCUGGACAAAGCCAGAGAAGGCCGCACCUGCAUUGUGAUUGCUCACCGCCUGUCCACCAUCCAGAAUGCAGACUUAAUAGUGGUGUUUCAGAAUGGCAGAGUCAAGGAGCACGGCACACAUCAGCAGCUGCUGGCACAGAAAGGCAUCUAUUUUUCAAUGGUCAGUGUCCAGGCUGGAGCAAAGCGCCAGUGAACUGUGACUGUAUGAGAUGUUAAAUAUUUUUUAAUAUUUGUGUUUAAAUAUGGCAUUUACUCAAAGUUAAAAAGGAAGUACUUAUAGAAUUAUGAAGAGUUAUCUGUUUAACAUUUCCUCAACCAAGUUCAGAGUCUUCAGACACUUUGUAAUUAAAGGAAGACAGCGAGAGACAUCAUCAAGUGGAGAGAAAUAAUGGUUUAAAUUGCAUUAUAAAUUUUAUAACAGAGUUAAAGUAGAUUUUUAAUGAUAAAAUAUGUAAUUUUGUUUUUAUUUUCUCAUUUGAACUUAACUGAUUGCCUUGCUAAAAGAUUAUAGAAGUAGCAAAAAGUAUUGAAAUGUUUGCAUAAAGUGUCUAUAAUAAAACUUAAACUUUCACAUGACUGGA